AUGGAAAAAUCCUCAUUCAAUGUUUCUGCAGAUAGAAAACGACAGAAAACAACUUCACCAACUGAAUGCAAAAUUUGUGGAGCUUCUGCUAUAUAUUCAUAUUUUGGUGUUAUAUCAUGUUCACCAUGCAAAUUAUUUUUCGGCCGAAAUGCUAAACAUGGACGGGAAAAAUUGAAAUGUGAUUUUGAUGGUAAUUGUCAAAUAGAUAUAAAUAAUCGUCAUGUUUGUUCUUAUUGUCGACUUAUGAGAUGUUUUUCUAAUGGAAUGCAAACUGAAAUGAUUCGAUUUCCUUAUCCAAAAAGAGACAAAAAAAAACAAAAAAGAAAAAUAAUGAUGGAUUCAAAACAAACAACAUCAAAAACUUUAGUUAGAUUAAAUGAAGUUGAACAGGUGAGAUUAUUCAAUUAUUAUAAUAAUCAUUAUGGAUUAAGUCUUUGA